AUGGGAGAGUUUGAAGAACAUGCAUUGGAUAGACCAGAAGAACGGGAAACUGAAGAUGGCAGUCCAGGUGAACGGGAAAUCGACGAUUGCACUCCAGGUACAUCACACGUAGUGCCAUCGUCGAAAGGUGAUGAUAUGAUUGAGGAGCCAAAGUCGGGCAUGGAGUUCAAUUCGUUUGAAGAUUUGUUUAGGUAUUAUAAGCAGUACGCUAAGCAAUGCGGUUUUGGGGUGAUGACACAAAGGAGUGAGAGGUCAGAGGAUCAAAGUGUCAGAUAUGUUACUCUUGGUUGUGCACGGGGAGGGAAGGCACGGGUUAAGACAUCCAAUGUUGCCAACCCACGUCCGACGGGAAAGACAGAUUGCAAGGCAAGGAUAAAUGCCUUGAGAGUCGAUGGAAAGAUGCAGUUGACAACAGUCAAUAAUUCACAUAAUCAUGUUACCAGCCCACAGAAAUCUCGCUUCUACCGAUGUAACAGAGAAGUGAGUGAGACAGUUAAAAGAGUCCUUGACACCAAUGACUUAGCGGGUAUCCGAUUGAACAAGAGUUACGGAUCUCUUGUAGUUGGUGCAGGUGGCUUUGAGAACCUGCCAUUUCUGGAAAAGGAUUGUCGCAAUUACAUCGACAAAGCCCGUCAUCUACGACUUGGUGCAGCUCCAAAGGCGAUAAUUACUGAUCAAGACAGAGCAAUGAAAAAUGCAAUUGCUAUUGUUUUCCCGGAAACGCGACAUAGAUUUUGCCUAUGGCAUAUACUGAAGAAGGCACCUGAGAAGCUUGGGGCAUAUGCUGCAUAUAAAAGCGGGUUGAAAACUGAGUUGAUGAAAUGUGUAUACGACACACAAACUAUUAAGGAGUUUGAAAAAUGUUGGGCCGUGUUUAUUAAUACAUACGACUUACAUGAGAAUGUGUGGUUGAAAAGUUUAUAUUUGGAGCGUGCGCAUUGGGUACCGGUUUUUCUAAAAGAGCACUUUUGGGCGGGAAUGAGUACCACUCAGCGUAGCGAGAGUAUGAAUGCUUUCUUUGAUGGUUAUGUCCAUUCAAAAACAAAUCUGAAAGAGUUUGUCGACCAGUUCGACAAUGCACUAAAAAGGAAAAUUGAGAAUGAAAAUCAAGCAGAGUUUCUUUCCUUUAGUGGCACCAUUCCCUGCGUAUCUAGAUCGCCAAUUGAAAAGAAAUUUCAAUUGUUGUACACGAAUGCAAAAUUUAAGGAAGUUCAACAGCAAGUAAUCGGUGUGCUUGAUUUGGAUCCAACUUUACAGACAAUGGAUGGUGUAAUGAAGACUUAUUUGGUAGAAGAUGAAGUUCGUAUUCAGGAGUUCACAAAACAGGUUACAUAUUUUGUGGAUUUUAAUGUCGAUGACUGUAAUGCAAAGUGUUCAUGUGGUUUAUUUCAGAUGAGGGGAUACUGUGUAGGCAUAUUUUGUCUAUAUUCAAAUCAAACGGUAUAA